UAUGUGAAUGAGUUUUCUAAUGAUAUUGAAAAUUGAAGACAACAUUGAAAUACAAUAAACACUAUAAUAAUGAGUCAAUCGGUAAGCAAUGCAUUGUUGAAGACAUAGACCAUCGAUGAGAUACUCUUAAGAUGAAUACAGAAGCCGUGGCCAAGACAUGCAUCGGGUGUUCAAUUUCGGGCUCUUUCAGCCUCUUGUGUCCAAAUUGUCUAAAAUUUGGUAAAAAUGAUUCAAUUUUUUGCACUCAAGAGUGCUUCAAAAAGAAUUGGUCUCAGCAUAAGGUGAUCCACAAGACAUUAAUGACAACUAAUAAUAAUAAUAAUAAAAUUGCUGAGACAUACAAUCCGUGGCCUAAUUAUGACUUUACAGGACCCUUAAGACCAGUCUAUCCGUUAUCAUUGAAGCGUUCAGUUGCCGAACACAUCGAGCGACCCGAUUAUGCUGACCACCCAUUGGGUGAAUCCAAAUGCGAACAAUCUAUCAAAGGAUCCACUCAUAUAAAAGUAUUGGACGACGAAGAGAUUGAAGGAGUACGAGUGGCCGGUCUUUUGGCGCGUCAAGUAAUGGAUGUGGCCUACAGUGCCAUUGCUAUAGGYGUGACCACAGAUGAAGUGGACCGACUCGUUCACGAAGCAUGUAUUGAACGCGACUGCUAUCCUUCGCCUUUGAAUUACUACAACUUCCCGAAAUCGUGYUGUACUUCAGUUAAUGAAGUGAUUUGUCACGGAAUACCAGAUCAACGGCCGUUAGAAGACGGAGACUUAUGUAAUGUCGAUAUAACUAUAUUUCAUCGCGGAUUUCAUGGAGAUCUCAACGAAACAUUUUUUGUGGGCAAUGUAUCMGAAGAGGCUAAACGAUUGGUGAAGACUACGUGGGAAUCACUACAGAAAGCUAUUGAACUAAUAAAACCGGGAGAAAAGUAUCGAGAGAUUGGAAAUGUUAUUCAAAAACACGUACAAAGUCAGGGAUAUUCAGUGGUUAAGAGCUAUUGUGGUCACGGAAUCCAUCGUUUGUUUCAUACGGCACCUCAAGUACCUCACUAUGCAAAGAAUAAGGCUAUGGGUGUCAUGAAAGCAGGUCAUUGUUUUACAAUUGAGCCCAUGAUAUCAGAGGGAACCUGGAGGGAUGAAUGUUGGCCCGAUGAUUGGACCGCAGUUACCAAAGAUGGCAAACUAUCGGCUCAAUUUGAACAGACAUUUCUGGUUACAGAUACCGGCUAUGAAAUACUUACCCGAAGACGUUCUCACAAUGGUUUGCCUUAUUUUAUGGAUUGAUUAAUUG